CCUGGUCGUCCCACUCGUCCUGGUCGUCCUGGUCAUCCCGCCAUUCCUGGUCGUCACGGUCUUCGGCACCGUCUCUGGUCGUCGCUUGUCGGUCGGCCCUGGUCAUCGGUCAUCCUGGUGAUCCUGGAUCAUUAAAUCCUGGUAUCUGGUCGCCGACGCACAGUCGUCGGUCGUUUUGUCGUCCUGGUCGUCCUGGUCGUCUGAUCCGUCACCAAUCACAAUCGUAAAUCCGCAAUUCGUACAUCGGUCGUACCGAAUCGGUCGUCGCCGUUAAAUACAGUGGGUACCUGGUCGCCGUGGUCGGUGCGUCGCGGUGGUCGUGGUCGUCGGUCUGGUCAUGCGGUCGUGCUGUCCCUGGUCAUGUGUGUCGUCCGGGUCGUCCGGUACGCGUCUGAAUUAAAUACGUUGUCCGGGGUCAUCCGACUGCGGCCACGUCCGGUCGUACAGUAAGCCGCAAUUAAAUGGGUCACCGGUAUUAAAUUCGCAAAUACCGGUCAUUGCGGUCUGGCGUAAUGCUCUGGGUCGUCCGGGUGUGGUGUGCAGUCGCCAUUAAAUACAGUGCGUCCUGGUGGUCGUCGCAAUUGCAGACCGGGUCCGUCGUGCAAUUAAAUGCAAUUAAAUGCGGUCUUUGCAUGGUUGUACCGGUCAUGGUUUCUGAAUUAAAUACUGGUCAUUGGUCCGCCGUAUACGGAUAACCGGUCGUCACCGGUGUGUCUGGUCGCGUCACGGAUGCGUCGUAAAUACAGGUCAUCCGCUGGUCGCGGUGUUACAGUGCGUCGCGGUCAUGGGGUACAGUGCGAUGCGGUACAAUUAUACCAUGCGGUCACGUCGUUGCUGGUCAUUAAAGUUGAUUAAAUGCGGUGAUACUGAUCCUUCGUGCCUGGUCGUCCGGUCGUCCGGGCGUGUGCGCUGGUCGUCUCUGGUCGUUUCCUGAUGGUACAGUCGUACCGUUAAAUACAGAAUUAAAUGCAAAUUAAUCAUGAUUUGGCAGGUCGUCCGGUCAUAUACGGUGUCGGUAGUCCUGGCGUACCGAAUUAUUACCAGUUGCCGGUCGUACACCAGUGCGGUCGUGCGGCAAUUAGUCACCGUGCGUCUGGUCGUCUGUAUGCGGUCCGGUCGUGGUCAUCCGGUCGUCGCCUGUUGUCCUGGUUACUGGUCGUCGCAAUUAGUCCUGGUCGUCUCGAUUAAUAUGUGCGUGCGAAUUAAAUACCGAUUAAGUGCGUCCUGGUACCAAUUAAGUAAAUUAAAUCGAUGGUAAAUCGCCCGGGUCAUUCCGGUCGUACGCUUGUUCGUCGCCGUAAAUACAAUAAAUCUCGUCAUGCGGUCGUCCUGGUCAAUCUGUACAGGUAAAUAUCAGUGCCGGUGUCUGGUACAGUGCGUCGGUGGUAGAAAUUAAAUACUGGUAGGUCGUCAUUCCGGUCGUCCUGGUGUCACGAUUAAAUGCAAUUAACCGGUUAAAUACAUGCAAUUAAACCGCAAAAUUAAUAUACGAAUUAAAUGCGGUCGAACAAUUAAAUGCAAUUAAAUGUCGCGAUUAAAUACAGGUGCGGUCACCAGUGCGUACACCGUGGUAAAAUACGGUCGUCACAAUGAUCGCCUGGUCGUCGGUGCGGCCUGGUCGCCGGUGGUCUGGUCGCAAUUAAAUACGGUGUAAAUACAGUGCUGGUAAUCGCCCGUGUUCCGUCACGGUCGGUCUGGUCGUCCUGGUCGUCACAAUUAAAUACGAAUUAAGUAAAUGAUUUGACUUACGUGCAAAUUUACGAAUAAACGGUCGUGGCGAGUUGUCCUAAAUCUGGGUCGCCGGGUAAACGUCUUGCUGAUUCGUUAAUCCCGGUCAUCACAAGGCGUUCGUUAUUUAAAUCGUCUGGUCGUUCCAUGCGGGUCGUCGAUUAAAUACAAGCGGUCGUCGAUUAAAUGCGCCCGGUGUCGGGUUCCGUAUGACGCCUGGUGAUUAAAUGCAAUUAAAUCGUGAUCAUCCGUACAAAUGUGGUCAUCUUGGUCGUCACAAUUAAAUGCACCAAUUGAAAUGCGCUGGUGGGUGCAAGUGCGUCCGGUCGUCGCCCUGGUCGUCUUUUGGUCGAUCGCCCGGUAAAUACAGGUCGUCGCCCGGUCGUCGUCCUUACACCAGUAAAUACAAUUAAUACAGAUGUCACGGUAAAUGCAAUUCAUUUCGUACCAUUAAAUAUGGGUCGUCCCGGUCGUUUCCGCAGGUAUUAAUAAAUUAAAUACGUUAUUAGGUAGUAAAGGCGUCUUGGUGUGCCCGAUUAAACGGGUCAUGCGAUUAAAUGCAAUUAAAUGCAAUUCGGUCGUACGGUGCGUAAAUUAAAUACAGUCGUAUACAAUUAAAUACGGUCGUUUCGAGUAAAUACAGUCGUCCGCGCCGAUUAAAUACGGUCGUACAAUUAAAUACAAUUAAUCACCGGUCGUAGUAAUGCGGUGUUUCCACAAUCUUUAAUAUACGGGUCAAUCCGGUCAUCGCGAAUUAAUACGGUCGUAGCGGUUCGUCGCGGUAAAUGCAAUUAUACGAAGAAUUGGAUUAAAUACAAUUAAAUAGUGCGAUUAAUGCAGGUCAAAAUCGGCCGGUAAGUGUAAAUAAACCAAAUUAAGCCGGUGCCGUCAAGCGGUCGUACAAUUAAAUCCGGUCACGGUGUGAUUAAAUACAGUUAAAUGCCCGUGGUGGUAGUGGUCCUGGUCGUCUGAAUUAAGCCGGUCGUACAAUUAAAAUCCACGGGAAUUAAAUCGCGUAUGGGUGAUACAGGUCGUCACGGGUCGUCGUAAAUGCAUACAGUAAAUGCAAUUAAUGUGGCUGGUCGUCGGUUGUCAGGUGAGCAGUCAUCGGUCGUCACAGUGCAAUUAAAUACCGUAAUUAAAUGCAAUUAAAUACGGAAUUAAAUACGUCAAUUAAAUGCAAUUAAAUACGGGUCGUCACGUCCGUCGGUGCAGGUAAAUAUUCCAGUCUGGUCACCGGGGUUGAAACCAGAUUAUCUGGCGUACCGUGAUUUGUUUAUAGGUAAAUGUCGUCGGUACAUACGUCUGGUCAAUUAAGCGCUGGUUGCCUGGUCGUCUGGUCAUCCCGGUGCAAAAUUAAAUUACUGGUCGUCAGCGUCAUGCCAGUCUUAAUCUGGCGUAAAUCCUGGUCCUUGCGCGUGGUCAUCCCGGUUGUCGUGUACACGGUCGUCGCUUUGGUCGUCGGUCGUCACUAGCCAGGUCGUCUGGUCGUUUCCGGUCGUCGCGUCAAUUUCGAUGGUCAAAUGUAAAUCUGUCGUCCCAGUGCAGGUCAUCGGCGGGUAAAUACAAUCGGUCAUGCCCGGUCAUGCCAGUGCUCAUCGUCUGUCCCGGUCGUCCCUGAAUUAAUGCAUACCAGUGUGCACCGCCAUCGUCUGGUCUGAUCAUUCCUGGUUACCUGGUGUCCUGGUCGUCUCGCCACCAGUGAUUCGCCACCUGGUCGUCCGGUCGUCCUGGUCCGUGAUUAAAUGGUCCGUGUACAAUCCCCGGUAAAUCCUGGUUCUGGUCGUCGACGUCGUCUGGUCGCUGAUUACAGUCAUUUAAUUCGCCCGUAUACAGUAAAUGCAAUUAAGCCAUCCUGGUCGUCGAUUCAUUGUCGUUUCUGGUCAUCCUGGUCGUCCCGUGGUCUGGUCGUAAAUUAAAUAGAUAUGUUCACGAUUUCAUCCUCCACGGUCGUCCUGGUGAUACCGUGCGGUCGUCGCCUGUGCAUGCGGUCGUGCCCGGUCGUCACAAUUAAAUCCUGGUCGUCCCGUCAUCACAAUUAAGUGGUCGUCCGGUCGUCGGGUCAUCCGGUCGAUCGUCCUGGUCUCCCUGUCGUCCUGGUCGUCCUGGUCGUCGCCCGGGUCAUCCCGUCAAUGUCUGGUCCUGGUCGUCGGUCGUCCUGUUGGUCUGGGUCGUCUCGGUCGUUUAAUCCUAUUAUCUGGUGAAUCCCUGAUAAAUACAGGUCGUCGUCGUCACUGGUCAUCGGUGUCCUGGUCGUCGAUCGUCCACCUGGUCGUGGUCAUCCGGUCGUCCCCAUGCUCAUUUGCGUCGUCCUGGUCAAUGCAAUUAAAUAUACAGAUUUGGCCCGGUCACAUCCGGUCAUCCGGUCAUGUGGGUAAUCGGUGGAUCCCGGUUGUCCAGUCGUCGUCGUCAUCCUGUCGCCUGAGCGUGGUCAUCCUGGUCGUCCGGUCGCGUAAAUACUGGUGCCGGUCAGAUUAAGUGUGGUCGUCCCUGGCGCUGGUCGUCAUAUAAGCAUGCCUGGUACAUGCGUUCCGGUUGUCGUCCGCAAUUAGUCUAAAUCCUAUAAAUACCAAUUAAAUCAUGCGGUCGUCUGGUGAUUUUCGCGUACUGGUGUCCUGGUCACCGGGUCGCCGGUCGUCUGGUCCGGGUCGUCUGAUCGGGUAAUUGGUCCGGUCGUCUCUGGUCGUCCAUAAUCCUGGUCGUAAAUACAGUGGUCGUCCUGGUCCGAGUCGUCCAUAACAGUCGCCAGUCGCGUAAAUUAAAGUGUCCUGGUCGUCCGGUGUCCCAAUGCUACGGUCGUCACAGCCGUGAAAUCUGGUGGUCCGGUCGCCGGCCUACUGAUCUGCGUGCAUACCAGGUCGUCGGUUAUCUCAUCGUCAUGAGCCUGUCAUCCUAUUACAUGCAAUAAAGUGCAUCCCGGUCAGUCGUCCUGGUCUCGUCGCUAAUUCGCCCGUAAAUCAUUAGUCUGCGGUCAAGCGGCCGGUCGUCCGUAAUCUCUGGGGUCGGCGCAAUUCCUGGUCAAUACAAUUAAUCGCUGGUCAUGCCGCCGGUCAUGGUCCUGGUCAUCCUGGUCCUGUCGCUGGUCAUCGUCCGUGGUCAUCCCCGGAUCCUUGGCAUCCUGGUCGUCCUGGUCAUCGGUCGUCGCCCAUCGUCCUGGUCGUCACGGUCAUGCUGGUCGUCCUGGUCGGUUGCAUCGUCUGGUCGUUUCUGUCGUCGUCAUCCGGGUCAGCGCUGAAUUAAAUCGGUCGUCGGGCGGUGCGUCGCUGGACGUAAAAUGAUGUCGUCGUCCUCUGGUCAUCGCGUCGUUACCAGGUCGUCGUCAUUCGGUCCGGUCGGUCAAGUCCGGGUCCCGUCAUCCUGUGGUUCGCUGGUCAUUUAUCCCUGGUCGUCCUGGUCAUCUGGUCGUACGGUCGUCCUGGUCGUCGGUCGUCCUGGUCGUCCUGGUCGUCCUGGUCGUCGGUCGUCGGUCGUCCUGGUCGUCCUGGUGUCCUGGUCGUCGGUCGUCCCUGGUCGUCCCUGGUCAUCCUGGUCGUCCUGGUCGUCGGUCAUCGUCAUGGUCGUCCGGUCGUCCGGUGUGUCUUCCUGGUCAUCGGUCAAUUAAUCCUGGUGUCUGGUCGUCCUGGUUCCUGGUCGGUCCAUGUCCUGGUCCUGGUCGUCCUGGUCGUCGGUCGUCCGUGGUCAUUAAGUCCUGGUCAUCUGGUCUGCGGUCGCCUGGUGCCGGUCGUGUGGUCGUCGGUCAUGCAGUCGUCGUACAGUCGUGUCGUAAAUGCCUGGUCGUCGGUCCUGGUGUCCAUGGUCAUGCGUCGGUCGUCCGGUCGUCUGGUCGUCGGUGUCUGGUCGUCCUGUCAUGCCGGUCGUCUGGUCCCGGUCAUCCUGGUCGCAGUCACAGAUUAAAUCGUCCUGCGGUCAUCAUCCUGGUCGUCCUGGUCAUCCGGUCGUCAUCCCUGGUCAUUGUCGAUUAUAAUUUCGGUGCCGGUCGCAUCGGUCGUCCUGGUCGUCGUCGUCACCCAGUCGCGCUUGUGCGGGUCUGUCAUCGGGUCGUUAAAUCCUGUCAUCCAGUGUCAAUCGUGUUUGGUGCGUCCUGGUCAUCGCCUGGUCGUCCGGGUCGUCACAAUAAUCCAAUUAAAUCGGUCGUCUGGUUGUCCUGGUGGUCAGUGGUCGAUUCCUGGUCGUCGCGGAAAUGACGUCGCCCGUCGGUCGUCGUCCACGGUCGUCGCGUCAGUCCUGGUCAUCCCGGUCGGUCUGUGGUCGUCCUGAUGCCGGUCGUCUGGUCGUCCUGGUGAUCCUGGUCGUCCCUGGUCGUAACAGGUCGUCCUGGUCAUUCGGUCGUCCCGAUUAAAUCCUGGUCGUGCCGGUCGCUCCGGUCGUCCUGGUCCGUACAAAAAUCCUCGCGGCGGUCAUCACUGGUCGUCAUACGAUAAAGUCAUCGCGGUCGUCACUGGAAAUGCGGCUGGUCGUCUUAAAUACGAUUAAAUCCUCGGUCGUCGUCAUGAGUCGUCCUGGUCGUCCAAAAUGUCCUGGUCGUCGUCCCAUCAAUCCCGGUCGUCCUGGUCGUCUCGUCCCUGGUCUGGUCGUAAAUCCUGGUCAUCCUGGUCAUCCUGGUAAAUGCCGGUCGUCACCGUGCGAUUAUCAUGGCUGCACGUCUGUCCUAGUCGUCUGGUCGUCGUCCGAUUAAAUGGUCGGAAUUAAUCCUGGUGUGGUCGUGGUCAUGCCGGUGCCAUGCCGUGUUUGGUCGUCCGCGUGGGUACCUCGUCUCCUUGGUCAUCCCGUCGUCCUGAGUGUCGAUGAUUAAAUCAAUUAAAUGGCUGGUAAACGCCGGGUCGUCUGGUCGUCUGGUUGUCCGCGGUCGUCCUGGGUCGCCGUCGUCGGUCGAUUAAAUGUUUGCGUCCCGGUCGUCCCUCGUCCUGGUCGUCCGGGUCAUCCUGGUGGUCGGUCCGCCCAUCUUCCUGGUCGUCCGGUGACCAGGGGUAUACGUUGUCGCUCGCCCGGUCAAUUAAGUCCGGUCGUCACUCAGCCCAGGUCGUCUCGCUUGGUCAUGGAAUUAAAUCCUGGUCGGUCCUGGUCGUCCCGGUCAGCCACCAGGUCGUCGUCGGAUUAAUACAAGUCGUCAGGCAUCCCGGUUAUCCUGGUCGUCCUGGUGCCGUCGGUCGCCGUCAUCCCUGGUCGUCCCUGGUCUGGUCGUCGUUUGUGGUAAAUCCUCGUCGCCGUCCAGAUUAAAUCGCCGGGUCAUCCCGGUCAAUUAAAUGCGAUUAAAUCGCGGCGGUCAAUUAAUACUGGUCGUCAGUCAAAUCGCCGCACACUUGUCCUCGCCCGGUCGUCCUAAGCCGUCGGUAAAUGUCCUGGCCGCCAACGGUCGUGGUCGUCGGUCCUACUGGUCGUCCUGGUCGUUUUGGUCAAUUGUCUGGUCGUCUGGUCGUCUCGGUCGUCACAGAUCAUCAUCUGGUCAUUGGUCAUCCUGGUCAUUGGUGGUCGUCGGUCGUCCUGGUCGUCCAAUUGUCCUGGUCGUCUGGUCGUCCCGGUCGCCCUAAAAUUAAAGGUACAAAUUAAAUCCGGUCAUUUCUGGUAAUCCUGGUCGAUACGGUCGUCGUCGUCACCGCGGAUAAAUACAGGUCGUGCCUGGUCGUCUGGUCGUCGUCUGGUCGUAAAACUGGUCGUCGUCGUCCGGUUGUCCUGGUCAAUCGUCGCAGAUUAAAUGGGUCGUCAUGGUGCCUGGUCGUGCGGUCUGGUUGUCGGUCAUCCUGGUCGUCGGUCGUUCCUGGUCGUCGCCGGGUGGCCGCGCGUAAAUACUGGUCGUCUGGUCUUUACUCGGUCAUAACCUGGUCGUCCCGGUAGCAUUUCCGUGAUUAAAUGGUCAUCCCUGUUGGCCGUUAAAUGGUCGUCGUAAAUCCACAAUUCAGGUGUACGGUCGUCCUGGUCGUCACGUCGAAAAUAUUGAUAAAUCGUCGGUCGUCAUCGGUCGUCGCCGUCAUCACGGUAAAUCGCCCGGGUGGUCCCGGUCAUCUGUUCCGUCGUCCUGGUCGUCACCGCGUAAAACCGUCCUGGUCGCUCAAUGAUGUCGCCCUGGGUCGUCGUUACGUCGGUCAUCGUCUGGUCGUACCUUGGUCGUAGCGGUGUCCUGGUCGCCCUUCGAUCUUCCUGGUCGUCGUGGUCGUCCUGGCCAAUUCCAGGUCGUCGUCAAAUUGCUGUCUGGUCAUGCGGCUCGUCCUGGUCAUCCUGGUCGUCGGUCGUCCUUGGUCGUCCGACAGUCGUCUGGUCAUGCCGGUUGAUCUGGUGUCUUGUCUUUUGGUCAUCGGUCGUCCUGGUCGUGCGGUCGUACCUGGUCAUCCCUGGUCGGCGGUGGUAAAAAAUUAAAUCGCGUCGUCUGCCGUCGUCAUCCUGGCGGUCCCUGGUCAAUCUGAAUUAAAUACAAAUCGUGGGCACAGGUCGUCUGGUGAUGCAAUUAAAUACCGGUCGUCCGGUCGGUCGCGCUGAUUAUUCCCGGUAAUCGUCCUGGUCGUCCCUGGUCGUCCUCAUCGUCGCUGGCAGCGUCGUCCUGAAUUAAUCCUGGUCGUCAGUGGUGUCCUGGUCGUCCUGAUACGGUCGUCCUGGGUCCCGUCGGUCGCAAACAAUCGUCGUUAAAUGGUGACAGGUCAUGUCUGUCGUCACUGGUAAGCCUGGUCACAAUUAAGAACCAUGCAAUUAAAUACGGUCGUAAAUGGUCGUCCUGGUCGUCCGGUCGUGCGGGUAAUCCUGGUCCGGUCUGAAUUAAAUCGCCUGCGUCAAUUAAUGGUCGUCCUGGUGGUCACCAGUCGCCGGUCGUGUGCUGAAUGCGUCACAAUACAAUCGGUGCGUCCCAUAAAUGCAAUUAAUCUGGUCAUCGCUGGUCGUCUGGUCCAUCCUCGGUCGUCCUGGUGUCAUCCAUAAAUCCAGGUCGUCGCGGUUACAGUCGUCCUGGUCGUCUGGUCAUGCGGUCGUCGUCCCGGCAUCGGUCGUCCUGGUGUCUGGUCAUUUCUGGUGGUCAUCCUGUCGUCUCCAUCCAUUAAAUCCGUUGGUCAGCGUCCUGGUCGUCCCGGUGUCGUCUGGUCGGCGCGCAGUAAAUGCAAUCGUCCUGGUCGUCUGGUCGUCCCUGGUCGCCGUAUUUGGUAAUCCUGGUCCGUCCCGGUCAUCCCGUCCUGGGUCGGUCGCGGUUAAGCGUCGUCGCUGGUCAUCUGGUCAGUUGUCCUGGUCGUCGGUCAAAUGCGGUCGUCUGGUCGUCCCGUGGUCGUCUAAUAAUCCUGGUCAUCCUGAUAAAUCCUGGUUGUGCGGUCGUCCUGGUCAGUCAUCAGUCCCGUGUACGGUCGAAUUAAAUCCUGGUCGUCGUCCACGGUCAUCCCUAGUUCCUGGUCGUCAGAUGGCCGGUCGUUAUCCUGGUCGUCCGGUGUCAUCGGUCUGCCAUCCUGGUCGUCACUGGGUCGUGCAUUACCGCCAUUGGUCAUCUGGUGAUCCUGGUCUUCCCGUCAUCCGCUGUCGUCCUGGUCGUCAAGUCCUGGUCAUCCUGGUCGUCCUGGGUCAUCCUGGUCAUUCUCGGUCAUCUCUGUCAACUCGUCAUCUUUGGUCAUCGCCGUAAAUCCUGGUCACCAGUCGUCGUCAAAUCGUCCUGGUCCUGGUCAUCCUGGUUCUCGUCCCUGGUCAUCCUCAUCCUGGUCAUCCCAGUCAUCCCUGGUCGUCCCUGGUCGUCUGGUGUCCCGGUUGUCCCUGGUCCUGGUCAUUUCCGGUUGUCCUGGUCGUCGUUCGGUCCGUCGUGGUCGUAAAUCCCUGGUCGAUCUGAUCGUCCGUGUAGUCACAUCCCUGGUCUCCUUGGUCAUCCCUAGUGGAUCAUCUCUGGUUGUCCUGGUCGUCCUGGUCUCGGUCGUCCCUGGUCGUCUGGUUAUCUAUUUCGUGUCCUGGUCAUCCUAGUCAUCCUGCGGUCAUUUUUAAAAAUUCGUCAGCCCACCACUGGUCUUUGGAUCGUCCGGUCCGUCGGUCUGUGCCGUGGCGGUCGUCCUGGUCGUCGGUCAAAUCUCCGGUCCUGGUCGGUCAUCCUGGUCGUCCUGGUUAAAUCCUGGUCGUCCCGGUCAUCCCGGUCGUCCUGGUCGUCACUGGUCGUCCCUGGUCUCCCUGGUCAUCCCGGUCGUCGGUCGUCGGUCGUCGGUCGUCGGUCGUCGGUCGUCGGUCGUCCCGGUCAUCCCUGGUGCAUCCCUGGUCACUUUAGGUCGUCCUGGUCGUCGGUCGUCCCUGGUCGUCUGGUCGUCCUGGUCAUCGGUCGUCCCGUCGUCCCUGGUCGUCCCUGGUCGUCCUGGUCGUCGGUCGUCCUGGUCAUCCUGGUCGUCCUGGUCGUUCCUGGUCGUCGGUCGUCGGUCGUCCUGGUCGUCCUGGUCGAUCCUGGUCGUCGGUCGUCGGUCGUCAUGAUCUGGGUCGUCCUGGUCCAUCCCUGGUCGUCCCUGUCGUCCCUGGUCGUCUGGUCAUCCCGGUCGUCCCUGGUCGUCCCUGGUCGUCCUGGUCGUCUGGUCGUCCCUAAGGUCGUCGGUCGUCCUGGUCGUCCCUGGUCCCUGGUCCCCUGGUCGUCCUGGUCGUCCCACGGUCAAAUCUGGUCGUCCUGGUCGUCCUGGUCGUCAUGCCUGGUCGUCAUGGUCAUCGGUCAUCCUGGUGUCGUCACUAGUGCAUCCGGUCGUAUGGUCGUCACAGGGUCAUCCACUGGUCAUGGUCGUCCGGGUAAAUCCUGCAUCUGUUCCGGUCCGUCAUGGUCGUCUGGUCGUCCUGGUAGUCACGAGUCGGAUCGUACCUGGUCAUCGUCUGGUCAUUCCUGGUUGUCCUGGUCGUCGGCCGCUGGGUCAUCUUUGGUCGCGGUCGUUGUCCGUUCGUCGGUCAUCCUGGUCAUGCCAGUCAUCCUAACGUCGGGUCGUCGUGGUCGUCUAAAUCCUGGUGUCAUCUGGUCGUCCUGGGUCAUCGGUCCGAUAAAUCCCCGGUCGUCCUAGUCAUCCCGUCUUCCUGGUCGUCUGGUCGUCUGUCGUCGUUGAUCGUCACUUUUGUCCUGGUCGUCGAUUAAAUGCAGGGUCGUACAUGGUCAUGGGUCCGUCAUCCUUGGUCAUCCCUAGUCAUCUUGGUCAUCCAGGUCGUCCUCGUGCGUCGGUAGUUUGUCAUCCUGGUCGUCGGUCGUGGCCCGGGCGUCUCGGUCGUCCUGGG